AUGGCCGCUAAGAAAGAUACAACUGCCGAGAAAGUCGUCAACCAUGUCAAAGAGGUCGUGCUGUUUGCGGGGAUUAUCAUCUGCUGCCCUUUUUUGUGUUGCUACUUCUGCGUUAAUCCACCAAGAUUUUGCGGCUAUAAGAAUCGAUCUCAUUAUGAAACUGUCCCAAGCCUCGUGCCUCCAGGGUGGUCUUGGAGAAGCGAACCUCCGGAACCACUCCCUCGAUAUCGCCGUUCUCUUUCAGCCCCACCACGCGGGCUAAGAGCUGUCUACCCGGGCUUGAAACCCCAGAAGAAGUCAAGACUCUUCACCCAGCUUACCCCAGAAAUCCGCUUACGCAUUUAUGAAGAGGUUCUGGCACCAGAGGGCAACGAGGUACUCCACCUCGCCAGCACUCACAGGCGGGUGUUUGGUAUCCGAUGCUCGAACACAGAUAAAAGAAACAUUCGCGGCUGGCAGCAUGCAUGCUGGCCAAAUAUGAUCGCCUAUCAAGAUGGCACAGUGCAGCGAGAACCGAAGCAAGGAGGCCGACUCCCAGGAACGAUAACGGGCUUGCUGCGCUCGUGCAGACAAGCCUAUUCCGAAGCUAUUGGGCUUCUCUACACGAAGAACAUCCUCCAGGUUCGGCAAGCCCGAACACUUAGGGAAUUCCCUCUGGUCAUGCGCCAUGAUCGGCUAGCAACGGUUAGAAAACUACAUCUUGACAUGCGGCUUUCCAGCUACUCCGAUCAAUGUCAAUGGACAGUCGGUGGAUGGAAUGAUGCAUUGCACGUUGUCAGGUAUUACAUGCAAGGCCUACAGCAAUUGCGUGUGUCCUUUGGUGUGAAGCACAAUGAAGUUGUCGUGGAUGACCAAAUGCUGGUUGAGUUGCUACAGAACUUGAGUUACGUCGAGCAUGUCCCGGACUUCGUGGUCGAGUUUCGUUGGCGGCGCAAGGUUGAUGGGCUACUAAACCAAGUGGGACGGCCGCCAGACGGGUUUCCUUUCCGAGUCGACGUGUAUGACAUCCUUGAUCAACCUCGACACUCUUGGUAG